AUGUCUCUUCCUCUCUUCGUUCUUUCUUUCAAUUUGGGCAAGCUCAGUCUCAAUGCUCAUGAGUUCACUGAGUCUCUUGUCCAAAACUUUCCUGAUGAUCCAUGUGACUUGUACGUAUUUGGAUUUCAGGAAAUGUGUUCAAUUUUGGACGGAUGUUUCCAGCCAGCAGUAGAAAAGCAUAUGAUCGAUAUAAACCGUGUACUUCUCCUGGCGUUGAAGAAGAAGUAUAGCUCGCCCGACCAAAAGAACUUCGACUUCACAACGGUGGGAAUGCACAAUUGCGGUGCGGUUGGUAUAGUCGCUAUCACACCUUUUGUGCUGAGGUUUGCCAAUGCCAGGUUUGCCGAUGCUUCAUGUGGAACUCUUUGUACUCUGACAAAAGGAGCUGUGGGCCUCAGAAUUCAAUACGUUUCGGAAGACACAUCUAUUACAGAGCUCACAUUCGCAAAUGCGCACCUUUGUGCAUUGGAGGGAGAAUUACAAUAUCAAACCCGCCUAGCCAAUCUUCAAUCUGUCAUGAGAGCAAUGGACUUUGGCGACAACUACAAUUUUCUAAAACCCAAUUGUCACUCUUUCUUCAUGGGCGACUUGAACUUCAGAACUUCAAAAAAAGGUACUUCUCCUGUCGACGAGCUCCUCAAUUUGCCCCUGAAUCGUGAGGUCGAUCCCUUGGAGCCUGAUGAUAAGCAAACUGCGUAUAUUGUAUCUCUUGUGAAAAAGUAUGACGAGCUCACAGCUGGAAGAGAAAAUGGCGAAUUGUUUCUGGGAUUUGAAGAGCCCUAUAUAUCCUUUCCACCAACCUAUAAGUAUCAUUUGGGAACUGCUAUCUACAACAGUUUGAGGAGCCCUCUGUGGUGCGAUCGAAUUUUGUAUCAAUCUACCUAUAGAAGAGGCAUGUCCCCUGUCGCCCACAAGUAUAUGAGUAUGCCAUUGUACCUCAGAUCGGACCAUCGUCCUGUUUUCCUACACAUCACCAUCCCUGUCGAGGCUCCAGCUUCGAUAAUUGAUCAGAACGGACAUCUAGUCCUACUUCCUCCUGCGCACGAGAUUGCUAAUGCUAAGAAAUUCAGGCUAAUUGACAACAAAAACGAGGUCAGCGGACCGACGCAGACUUACAUGAAGUCGACUCCUUUGGACAAAAUGCAACAAAGUUUCUUCAGACCCAUAAGCGAUUUGUGUCUUGGAAAUGCUCUUUGGCUAAGCACUACAACUCGUGGAAGAUUGUUUGUAUUGGCACUCGUGGUGCUCAGUGCGAUAAGCUUUUAUUUGAGCUGA